AUGGAAAGGGACGCUUUGUCUAGAUAUCCUAGAACCCGCGCUCGUCUAGGGUCUGAUGACCCAUCCACGCGCAGCGAAGCACAAGACCUACUUUCCAGGUUUACCGGAAUUCCAUCCAAAGAGGCUCAGGACACCCGUAAAAACUCCGGAGAUUCACCGAUCUCUCACAUGAAAUCAACAGUUUCAAAGGUUCGAGCCAAGAUACCAAGGGGAACUGUUCAGCAACGACCACGGCCGGGUGCGUCUGUUAAUCCUGCCAUCGUCUUGCCGACAGUCAAAAGUAAACCACCGUUGCUAUCCUCCUCUGAAAGCCUGUCGCCUGAGAGGCAUAUUCCUAGACUUGCGGUAACACGGCGUUCCCGCCGCGCAAGAGCUGGGCCGGUAGACUACUACAAGAAAAUUUCUCUUUCCGACAGUGAAAGCGAAGAAGUGCAAGCAAAUAAGACGAAAUCAAUUUCCAGGAGUGUGUCACGAAGUCGGCAUAGUGCCAUCCCUGCCUUGAUGCCCCAAGCUUACCCGGAUCGCGCCAAAAACAUCAGACGGCAGGAUGCUUCGUUAAACAGUCUAUUUCAGCGGGAACUGGGCAGUCAUCGCCCUCCAAGACUGAACGCAAAGUUCGUUGACAACUUGAGACUAUGCAAAGCAUGGAAAGGAGCUUCUAAUGAUGUUGUUUCACUGGCAUGGUCGCCUGAUGGGACAAAAUUCGCAGCAGGGGCCACUGCACAAUGUGAUGAACACAUGAUGGCUUAUAAUAGGAAAAAUAACCUCCUUCUUGGUGACCUAGUCACUAACGAGCUCCACGAACUAUCAGAUCACUGGAUCCAUCGACCAAAGAACAACGUUGUGAAUGAUCCGCGUCUUUUCAUGAGCGUUACUGCUGUACAAUGGUUUGAAGACACAUUAUACACUGCCAGCUACGACCAUACAGUCAAGCUUUGGGAUACCUCAAGAGGCAGAACCUCAUGUUACAAAACCCUGAAGCAUGACUCUGAGGUGGUCGUUAUGGCACGCUCAAACUUUGCCGAGAACUUACUAGCUACGGGGACACUUACAAAUACAGUUGGCUACUGGGAUAUUAGCAAAGCUCAGUAUACACCGCUCGAACUGCAACGGGGAAGAUUAAGAAAGGAUAUUGAAUUGAUGCCGACAUCUAUAGCAUGGGGCUCUACGCAUGCGACUAAGGAUUAUCUUCUUAUUGGGAUGUCGGAGAAAGAAGAUAGCGUGGCCCAACAUGGAUUGCUUGCUGCGUUCCGCGUUCGAGAAUCAUCAAUCGAACCGGAGUCCUUUCUGCCAAAUGCACAGAAUGUCUUCGAUAUUACCUGGCAUCCGGUUUUACCAAUGUUCGCGAUAGCUUGCACUGCUGGCCAGCAAGCUUCUCGAAGAACCCGUUCUACUGUGAAUUUGUAUGAGCCACUGAGCCGCAGGACUCGUGUCAUGGAGCUGGAAUGCCCUGCUCUAGACAUGAAUGAAGUAGUAUUCUGCCCUUGGAAUACCAACUAUAUUUCAGCUGGUUGUACGGAUGGAGUCACAUAUAUCUGGGACAAGCGAAAUCCUGACGAAAUCCUGCACAAGCUUAGACAUGGUGAUCCUUUAAAUCAGCUUGAUGAGACAAUUGAUCGGGAGCAGGCGGACACUGGCGUUAAUAUGCAGCUAUGGGGCGCAAGCUACGACUCCUUCUAUACAGGUGCUUCAGAUGGGAUGGUCAAAAGGUGGAACAUCCUUCGUGCUCCUGAGGACGUGCUUGUCCAGGACGUAGCCAGUCUCCAGGAAGGGAUUAUGUGCGGGGCAUUCUCACCAGACCAAUCUAACAUGCUAAUUGGAGAUGUCUCUGGAGGAGUGCAUCUGCUGUCUAACAGCCCCUUCAUGUCUGAUGAAUCCACUCAAUUCGCAUUCAAAGAAAGCCAAUACGCCAUCGAACAACAAGAGUUGGACUCACACUUUGGUGUUAAGGCGGCGCGUGACCUGGUGAAGUCGGGUCAAAUUGAACGACAUCCUGUCUUUGGACCGGGCAAGGGACCUUACUACAGGGGGCCGUUUGCUGCAUGGGCACGGCCAACCGGGACCCAUCCGGAAUUUAUGGCAGUGACUGCGCUCGAACCAAAUUACGAAAUACGGCAGCUGGGUGGCAUAGACCCGAAGCGUCGUAAGGGCCUGACUUCUGCAGCACGAGAGGAGGUUGAAAGGCAUAUAACCCUUGCUAGGAUACGAAACCAGAAGCGUGGUGGAAACAAGAGGCGCAAUCCAAGAAUCACAUACCCGGCAAAAGACAUUAUGAUUGAUAUAUCUAGUGAGCCCAACAUGGAGAAGAAGACUCUGGCCCGGGGCCUCGUCUGUGACACACUGUCUAAGCGCAGAUACACAAUGCGAAAAGCAAGUCUUCCCAUUAUUAGCAAUGUCGAGCCGGAAGUUAUCGACCUUACUGGUGACUCCGACGCCGAAAGUCCUGAAACAUCUAAUAUCAACUGGAAACCGCCAGGAGUCUCUCGAAGAAGCUCUGAGUUCGAAGACGAAGCAUGUGAUCUAGAAGAAGACUUCUGGUGGCCAGACAGCGGCAAAAUCGACCCGAACUUUGCCGAGUAG